CCCCGAUAGCCUUUUUUUCCUUAAGACUCUCUCUCCAGCUAACAAUACAAACACGUAAUAAUACUAAUGGAGGUCUCCGCUACCACCGAGGGGUCAGUCAACGACCAUUCCUCGGCCUCGUGCGGCCAGCAGCUCGGCCGUGGGCUGAGCAGGCGGUCCGCGGCCUCGUUCAGGCUGCGCAGCCCGAGCCUCAACUCUCUCCGCCUCAGGAGGAUCUUCGACCUCUUCGACAAGAACGGGGACGGCACCAUCACGGUCCUCGAGCUGUCCCAGGCCCUGUCCGCCCUCGGCCUCAACACGGAACUUUCCGAGCUUAAAUCCUCUAUCGCGUCCCACAUCCAGCCCGGCAACUCGGGCAUGCUCUUUGAUGACUUUGUCUCCCUCCACAAGUGGCUCGACGACACCUUUUUUGGGAACUCAGACGGGUUCGUGGCGGACGAAAACUCCCAAGAUGAAUCGGAUCUAUGCGAGGCUUUCAAGGUCUUCGACGAGGAUGGUGAUGGGUACAUAUCGGCGAGGGAGCUGCAGGCGGUGCUGGGCAAGCUGGGGCUGUCGGAGGGGAAUGAGAUCGCCAGUGUUCAGCGGAUGAUCGUGUCUGUCGACAGGAACCGAGAUGGACGGGUCGACUUCUUCGAGUUCAAGGACAUGAUGAAGGGUGUCAUGGCCAAAGCGUGAACACUUCUAUGCAUCCAAUCAAAGGAAAAAAAAGAAGAAGAAGACCACUUGUAUGCACUUUGCUUUUGCUUUGCUUAUUGUACUAUUGGUGAUGACCGAGAAGUUGACUCGUCAAUUUUCGUUCUCUUUAGAGCAUCCCAUGAUCGAGCAAUGAUGAUAUUCUUGCAAUCAGCUUCUGCUAUGCAAACAUUGCUAUUGAUGAUC